UCUCCUCUGUGUGUAGUCCACAAUGUGUGUGUACCGGCCUGUCUGCCUGGCUGUGUUGAUGGACUGACUGACGGACGUGUGUGUGUGAGCAUUGAUUGCAUCGUAUUGCUCAUGUCCGUGUGGUGAAUAUAUAGUGCACAUCGACUCGAUGCACAGAAAUGAAUCCACAUGCAGUCACUCACUCAAAACUCCAUCACUCUCUCUUCAAGCCAGACAACACCACCCUCCGAUUCAUCAACACCGAUAUAGACACGGCAGCCGUUGUCCGCGAGCCGUCAACUUUUCCGAAUCAUCAGACGGCCAGGCAGGCAGCGAGAGAGAGAGACAGACAUAUAUUAUAUAUAAGCACACAGGCUCAAUUCCAGCCGGCCAUGCAAUUAAGGAGCCGUUCACAUUUCUACGCAGCCCUCAUCCAGAGAGGCAGACAGACACGUGUGCACAGCCACGGGGGGGCCGUCAUGUCAUGUAGCUGUCUAUCAAGACCCAUUCACUGCUGCCGUCUCCACACAUGACAGCAGCCCUCCAUGAUCGUGGCACGGCACCCAUCCCUCCCUCUCUCCCUCUCUCUGCAACUCAUUCUACACAUCAGCUAUUGAUGGGCCGACCUGACAUACAAACAUGAUACCAACACUGCAGGACAUCACAUCGACGCAGGAUAGCCAUACCGUACCUGUUGGUAAUCUUCUGUCAGGCGUCAAGCCGCUGGAGAGUGAGUUCAUCAUCAUCAUAUUCCCCCGUCCAGCUAAUGUCAAACCGGCCCUCAAUCCCCUCGAUCGUGUCACCGUGUGUCCGCUCCUCCACCAACCGCUGGAAGGCGUCGCUGGGCACCGGCUCGAAGGUAAGCUUCUUGAUGCCGCGGAUCUUGAGCAGCGACUUGACACACGCGAUGCCGAACUCGCCGGCGGCAUCGCCAUCACGCAGAUCCUCAGGCACUGCACACAGACAAAGGGGCAGCAGUCACCACAACGGUCAGCAGGCUGGUCCAAGCGAUUAUUUGCAGCUCACCUUCUACACUAAUACGCAGUUCUGAAAUGGCCGGCAGCCGCCACGUCCCCCCACGUGAGACCCCCUUCACCCACACCCUUCUCGUAGCCGGCAUGGAAGGACUCCAACUCCCUCUCCCCACCCAAUGCCUGCAGCACCGCCACCGCUUGCUCUGUCGGCCCCCACAGCUUGAUCCUCUUCAAGACGGGCAUCUUAGUCACUAGCCUGCGGCCAAUCUCGAGCCCCUUGCUGCUGUCGACGAACAGCAACGAUGCAGCCGGGAAUGCGUUGGGGGGCAUGCUGUCGAACACAACUGGGUCGGGCUGGUCUGCAUCGGGAUUGGGCUCACACCCCUCCAUGUCCUUGACGACCACACUCUCCGCUCUGGAGAAUGUCAGGCACUGUGCGAGGGACCGGCCAGCGGGGCUGGGCGUGUCGAGAGGGCCGGGGAUGGUGAGAUAGUGGGCGCGGACGAUGAAGCAGACACUAUGUGAUGCGGCGGCCAGCUGCUGGAGGCGGUUCUGCACGAAGGGGGAGGGGGCGGGGCGGGUGGGGACCUUACACAGGAGGCCAAGGUCGAAGCCGUCGUCGUCCUCAAAUUCACUGACGACGAGGAUGUCGACGGGGAUGUCGGGCCUCACACACACGGUGCGGGUCAAGGCCUCGAUGGCCGACAGGGUCUUGAAGAUGCGGCUGUCGAUGCAGGAACCGAUGUCGAUGCAGGACUCCUCGAUCUUGAUGCUGAGCUUCUUGAUGGAGCGGCAGCCACGGUCGACAAGUACGGCCUGCACACAGACACACGCACAUCACAAGCAAGCUCUCGCCCACCCUCUCUGGCCUUGUGUAUCUUGUGUGCCUCGUCGCAUACCUGAAGGCGCUGCAGACCCGCAGCGCGUAUUUUCGGCAUGGUGAGGGUGCCGAUGUCCUCCAGCUGCGACAGCAGCCCCGGCUGGCCCGCAGCUGCUGUGGGGAUCUGCGCCAGCGACUCAGCCAUGGCGUCAGGGUGGCAGUCCACGUGCAGCUCCUUGAGGCGCCGUGCCGUGGCCACCAGCCCCCCCAACGUCUCCCGCCCCACCAUCCCGACUAUAUGCAGCCUCUCCAGUGACGGCAGCCGCCAGUGCCGCCCGCCGCCGGGAUAAGAGAGCCGAUAUCGCCUGAUGGUCAUGGAUGUGAGGGCUGUGAGGGUGGGGGGCGGGUUGAGGGGAGGGGGGAAUGACGCCGGCCGCUGCUCAGCAGCCAUGAUCAUUUGAUCCUCCUCCUCGUCAACGUGAAUUCUCGAUCCGCUCUUGCUGUACUCGAUCGACUCCAACGUGCUCCCCGCCUGCUGCCCGGUUGCUGUGGCCGCAGCGGCUCUCCGCCCCAUGCUUUGCCCUCCACCAAUGCCGUGAGGAUCUUCUCACCUAUCCGCUCUAAAUAUCCAUAGUGAGUGUAUCCCAAGUUUGAGCGGAAGCCAGAGGGACACCGGACGACGAUGGACUCGAGCCCCGUGAGCCGCCGGCCCCACUCGAAGGCGUCAUUGAACGACAGGCCCCACCAGAAGCGCCGCUCCGCCGUGUCGUGGGUGUCCAUCACCAGCCGUGUGAUCUGGGAGCCGACGUGGCGCCACAGCCGCUGGGGCAGCGCUGCCACCAAAUGGAGCGACAGGAAUGAGAAGACGUAGGCAACGACAGCAGGCUGAGUGGACAACCACACACCACACAGACACACACAGCGGACAUAAUGAAGAUCUGUGUGCUUGUCAGUGGUGUGUUUUGGUGCAUCUUACGACUUGGCCGAAGCGCUGUGCGAAGGCCUCCAAAUCUAUGCUGUGCGAUGGCGUGGCCUGCUGCUGCUGCUGCUGCUGCUGAUGCUGUUGCUGCGGGUUGUCGGUGUCCAUCAUCGUGCCGUCUAACUGAUCCUCCUCUCUCCGCCGCCCGCCUCUUUCGCUUCGGUGCCGACUCACUUACCAAUUGUCACCAAU